CUAUGAUCUGAAGUUUAUGUCACAGUACCGUUUUCAUUUCUUGGCUACGUGUCUUGGAUUCUUUCGAUCACCACCACCAUUACCUUUUUCUUAUAUUUUCCAAGAUGGCUAUUAAACUCGAAAAGCCCGAUCAAUAUAAAGAGUUUCUAGACAAAUUUGACGUGUUCUUGUUUGAUUGCGAUGGCGUGCUUUGGAGUGGUAAUGAGCCCUUGCCUGGAGUUAAGGAUACCAUGGAGCUAUUGCGCUCUUCAGGCAAACAAAUUAUCUUUGUUUCAAAUAAUUCUACCAAGUCUAGAGAAGAUUACAUGAAGAAAAUUAAUGCACACGAAAUUGAAGCAAAGUUGGAAGAAAUUUAUCCUAGUGCUUAUUCGUCUGCUAUUUAUGUAAAGAAGGUUUUGAAGCUUCCCGAAGACAAGAAAGUGUUCAUCCUUGGUGAAGGAGGCAUUGAAAGUGAACUCGACCGAGUUGGUGUCAAACAUACUGGUGGUACUGAUGCUUCUUUAAGACGCGCUGUCAACUCUGAUGAUUUAAAUACCAUCCGUCCUGACCCUUCUAUCGGCGCCGUUUUGUGUGGCAUGGACAGACAUGUCACCUAUCUUAAGUAUUGCAUGGCUUACCAAUACUUACAAGAUCCUAACUGCGCUUUUCUCUUGACAAACCAAGAUUCUACAUUUCCUACAAAUGGCACCUUUUUCCCAGGAUCCGGUUCCAUUUCUUACCCAUUAAUUUUCUCUACUGGUCGUACUCCUAAAAUUUUAGGAAAACCGUAUGACGAAAUGAUGGAGGCUAUUGUUGCAGGCGUUAACUUUGACCGUAAAAAGGCUUGUUUUGUUGGUGACCGCCUUAACACCGAUAUCCAAUUUGCUAAAAACUCUGGUUUGGGUGGUUCUCUUUUAGUUCUCACCGGUGUGAGUCAGGAAAGCGAAAUAUAUGAGAAAGAUGCUCCUGUUGUACCAGAUUACUAUAUCAAUUCCCUCGGCGAUUUAGCUAAAAAAGCUUAGUUGCCCACAUUUGUAUGAAAGAAUUUAUCUCUUUUUGGGAAUUUACCGUUGUUAGAAUUUUAUCAAUCAAAUUUAAGCUAGAUUUUGUUUAUUAGAGACGUAGUACAAUCUCAUUCGCGUAGAAUUCGU